AUGUACGCAGGUCUUGUGAUUGGAGCCAGUGUGUGGCCCAUGACUGCUGACUUUACUGGUCGGCGCCUCACGCUUAACGUCACUCUUCUGAUUUCGGCGAUCGGGGGAAUGGUUGGGACUGGGGCCCCCAACUUCUUUUCGAUCUCACUGUUUUGUGCAGUCGUUGCGCUCGGGACCGAUGGAAACCAGCCCGUGGUGAGUGCCAUCCCCCCUCGAACUUACGCCGCAACCCACCAAUAUCUGCUGACGAUGCAGUCGGGCUUCUGGUCCCUGGGCCAAGCCGUCGCGGGCUUGAUCGCAUGGACUGUACCUUUCAAAAUAACCUUGACUGGCCGUAUACUUACUGGACACACGGAGAAUGACCGUCAUGUAACCGAUGUGAUUCAAAAUAUUGCGGAGAGGAAUGGCACGACCACGUGGCUCACUACGGAUCAAUCGAUUCCAUCUCAGCGAGUUUGCAAAAGUCUGACUCCGACGAGCCGGGGGGCACACCCGCACCAACAAUAA